CUCGCAUCGCUGGUUUCCAUGGACGCUCGUUGGGAGCCCACACUACUAUCAUUCUUCCGGUCGGAGGUUGUUCCAUUUAUCGCACUCAAGUCUGGGCAAGGGGGCAACUCUCCCUUCACUUUGUACAGGGACUUUCUGGUACCAAGCCACAGUGAUAGGAAAGUGAUGCAGUGAGUCAACCAGGAUGUCGCUGGAACACUACGAGACUCUGAAGGCAGUGGGGAAGGGUAGCUAUGGCGAAGUGUGGCUGGUGAAACACAGGAAAGAUAAAAAACAGUAUGUCAUCAAAAAGAUGGAGAUGUUGAAUGCCUCGCGGCGCGAGAGAACAGCAGCUGAGCAGGAGGCUAAGCUCCUGUCCCGUCUCCGCCACCCCAACAUCGUCUCUUACAAGGACUCCUUUGAGAGCGACGACGGCUACCUGUACAUUGUCAUGGGUUUCUGUGAUGGUGGAGACCUGUACCAUCGUCUCAAGGAGCAGAAGGGCAUGGCGCUGGAGGAGAAACAGGUGGUAGAAUGGUUCGUGCAGAUUGCUAUGGCGUUGCAGUACAUGCAUGAAAGGAACAUUCUUCAUCGUGACUUGAAGACACAGAACAUCUUUUUAACCAAGAGCAAGAUCAUUAAAGUGGGCGAUCUUGGCAUUGCCAGAGUGCUUGAGGGAAACAACGAUAUGGCCACAACGCUGAUUGGCACCCCGUACUACAUGAGCCCUGAACUCUUCAGUAAUAAACCUUACAACCACAAGUCUGACGUCUGGGCGCUGGGUUGCUGCGUGUAUGAAAUGGCAACGUUGAAGCAUGCAUUCAAUGCCAAGGAUAUGAACUCACUGGUUUACAAAAUAUUGAGAGGAAAGAUGCCGGCCAUGCCAAAGUCCUAUAGUGAGGAAUUGAUUGAGCUAAUCAAAGCCAUGCUGAACCUUGCCCCAGAGAAGCGACCCAGCGUGGCACGGAUCCUACGCAAUCCCUUCAUCAAAAGGCACAUAGCUAUCUUCCUAGAGGGAACCAGAUCAAGGCGGCCGAAUUCUGGAACCUCUGAAAGGAGACCGUCCAAGCCUGAUAUUACGGACGUCUCCAACUUCUCACCGCAAACUGCAGCUGUCAGUGAUGUGCCUCCAGGGGGCGCUCUGUCGCCUAUCACUGAAGUCCCUACCAAGAGUGAAAAGAAACCCUCAUCUACCCCGCGAGUCUCCAGCGGAGAUGCCAAGAAGUCGGCCAAGACGCGUCCCUCAUCAUCAGGGUCCAAGGACAAGAAGGAUUCUGCCAAAGAUGGUGCUAAGAGUGCUGCCUCAAGGAAGCCCCGCCCUCUUCCAACUCCGCCCGCCAAUGCCGGUACACCACGCAAGAGCGCCAGUGUCAGCAAAACCCCGUCAGGCAGUCGUAGCACGGCUGCCCCCUCAUCGUCUUCUUCCAGCUCCGUCUCCAGUUCCAAGGAGAGCGUGGCCACGCCCAGGACAGAGGAGGAGGGGAGACGGUCAGUGAACCCCUCCGCCAGAAUGAGACGACGAGAAAAGCUGAGAGAAUCACAAGAGGGGGCAGCCACUGGUCCAACAGUGCGCAGUUCUGCUGACUCUGCAACUAGCAGAAAGUCGAGCAACAAUGUGGUGAAAACGAGAGCCUCACGCUCAAAGUCAGAUCCAACCCCACCACACGUGGUCAAGGUUAAAGGUCAUGAUCAAGUGGACUCGACUGCAUCAAAGGUCAAAGGUGAGGAUGAGGUUGAUACACCAUCAGGGCGUGCCGACAGACCAAGUGUUGGAGAUGACGACUCGGAUGAUUCUACCGACGCCCCAGAGAAAGCCAAGAAACGUGAGGAAAAAGAGAUGUCAGCCUUCUCCUCCCUCUUGGAGUCCACUCUGAAACUGGACAUCCCCAACAUAGAGGAGGAAAUCAACGAAUCCCCCGACGAACCGGAGGACACACCUGAUAGCUCCGUCAGGCGUGGAAGUGUGGACCCCUUGAGCGGCACAGUCGACAUCUUCAUCAAGCCGGCAGCCCCAAGAGCUCCCAAGGGACUGGGUUCUCCAGGGAUGCCUUUUGCCCGCAAUGCGACAAUGACAACAUCUGGACGGCUCAUGGACAGGAUUGCUGCCUUAAGGAAAGACAUCAUGAACGGCAUCGGCAUUGAGGUACUUCAGAAGGCUUACGACUGCCUUGAUAACGAAGACGAAGACUCAGUUGAGGCCACACUGGUUGCGCUGAUGGGACGAGCGAAGUUUGAGAUCUACGGUGGUAAGAUUUGGCAGCUGAAGUUCUGUGAGGAGACGGUAUUUGGUUGACAUGGUAACAGAGGUCAGUGAAUAUGCUCUGAGAGAAAGAAAUGGUAACCCAGCAUUGGCUGUUCAUGUCAGUGCAUCAGGUCAUUGAGAUGUUUCAGCAACCGCUUCAGAAACUACAAGUGCUUGGUGUCAGUUGUAAAGAGAUGUUUCUCAAAGUAUCUAAGAUGUUUCUACAACUGCAUGGAAAACUAAACGUGCUCGACGACAUUAUUAUUGGAUGUUUCUCAGAAUUCUGCAAAUAUUUCUAAGAGGAUAAGCUGUGACUUACCUCUCACUGCUGAAGGAGUUGUACUUCUGCUCUGAACAAUUAACAACCUUUUGAAGUUCCAAAUUGUUCCAAAAGUUCAUCAAUUGGAAGACUUUGCCUGAACUGUCAAUGGAUUGUGUAGAUGCAAUUACAUCACAAGGCAACACACAGGCUCCAUAACGUCUUGAGGAAUUGUUGCUCUUUUUCUGCAUGGACCUUCUUAUUCCUCAAGAUUUUUUGAACCAUUGAAUUCAGGACUUCAAGACUUUCUCAGCAGUGUUCAAUGGAAACUUCUACAGGUUACUUCAAAGUGUAACUCAUGAAAUUGUGGGUUGUUGAGUUGAGAUAGGCCCUGACUCAUUUGUGCCCAGUUUAACCCUAACCCCUAGGGGGGUAUGUAAAAUUAUAUUGAAAUUGGAGGAUUUGGGACUGUUAAGGUUAAUGGUGGGAAGACGCAAAAAUACAUGUGUGUUUUUGUGAAUAUCUUUUGCCCUCCAACUAGAAAAUUGCCUCUUAAUUUUUUUCAUUUUAAAGUGCCUUGUCAAAUAAUGUGAAAUUCCAUUUCUUUUGUAUUCUUAAUGCAAGCUGAUUCAAGAUUGAGUGAACUGCUGUGCAGUACAAGAUUUAUUGGCACUUGAAGUUUCCACGAAACAUUACUCAAAUUUUUUGUGUUUAUUCCUCUUCAACCUUAAGGAAGGCCUUACUUCUUGAUGUCUUGAAAUGUAACGACCUUUAAUAAAAGAAAAAGAAUUGAUAGUUUUGUAACAAGGAAUUUUUUUUCAAGUAAAAAGUCUUCAGUGUACAUUUUAGAGUGUCUUGUCUGGUACAUGUGCCUGAGAACUCGCCAAGAAAUCCAAUAAAGUCAAUCCUGUAGCUGUACUGCUCCUGCAUGGUCGGUCGAACCGUGUGAAUAUAGCUAUUUUACAUGAGACGCACAUGCAUGAGAUUUGCUGUUGUACAUUUGCAACGAUUCAAAGUUGUAUAUUGUGCAGUGUUACAGUCAAGAUUUCAUCUUAUUUAAGGAACACAAAGUAAUGUCUAUUUAGCCUGAAGUUGUGCAAAAUAUAUUAUCAAAAAUGAAUGAUUAUGGACUUUUGAAAAUUUAUGCACAAACAUAUGGCAUUUUUAGGUUCGAUAUUUUGUUAUUUUAGGGUCAGUCAGGCCAAAUUGAAAGUAUUCAAACUUUACGGUACUAGCUGGUAUUUUAUUUAAAUUUACUCUUUGGGCAUUUUCUGCAUAGUGUAUUUUGCCAAAGUCAUUAAGGUUCUGAAAAUAUGCCACUUGAUGAAGAUUUUGUCUGCCAGCUACAGAGAUUUCAGUAAUGCAUCAUAGGUUUCCCCAUUCUUUGGAAAAGGUGAACUUAUACGGUGAACAACAAACUCCACAAACAUGUAAAGUACUGAGCAAUUUGCAUAUUUUCAAGAUUACAUCAUUUUAUCAUUGACAUAAAGUCUGAAGUAACCAUUCUGAACAUUUGUAAAUACACGUCUAAAUGCUGAAUUGUGAGUAUAAAUUUGUAUAUAUUCAUGUAGGUGGUUUAUCUCAAAAGCUAGUCUGGCAAGUGUGUGUUUUCUUCUAGCAUGCUACAGUACUCUGUCUCAUACAUAUUCAUAGUAAGGCUCUCUAAUUUGUCUGUUGAUUAUGAAGCACAAAGGUUAUGUCUGAAAUACUUGGCUACGGCUAUGGUCAUAUGUUUGCCUGCUAGCCAGCAGCUGCAGCCAUUUCUCAUAGAUAUGUGUGGUAUUGCCAGCCGUAGCCAAGUAUUUUAGACACAGCUUUGGUGUGAAUAGACCAGCUUGUAUUCCUAUUAAAACAUUCCCAAUAGUCCAAGUCUUAUGACACUCAAGUAGUGGCUGACCUAUUUACAAACUGGUGAAUGUGGGUGUUGUUUGGACCGUGUGCAUGAGAACAUCCUCAGUGGUAGGGCUUGGCACUGGAACCAUAGAUCUAGACUUGGUUCUAGUUAGGAAUUAUGGGACCAAGUACAUGUACAUGACUAGUUUCAUUGUUAUUAUGAAGCAUUUUCUAGUACUGGAACCUAGGUACUUUACCUCACAAAACUGAAGAAAACCUGUCGAGAAGAGACAUUGAGAAGAAGUAACAGUUCAGGGAAAGAAAGAGAAUGGUUCGGGAAGGUUUCUUUGUCAGUGCUGGAGUUUUAGGUGGUCCUGUUUUACAUCACUAGGCUACCCAUUCCAACCAAUGUAGAUUCCUUAUUUAACCCUAACCCCCUAGGGUGUAUGUAAAAUCAUAAUCAUGUACAGUAGUCUUGUGUUAAACACGUUAUUUGGUAUUGUGCAAGAAUUGAUCCCGUCCUUCAUAUCUUUGUGACUGUACACUGUUAAAAGUUAUACAAAUUUUAUCUGCUUAGAUACCAAUGAUCAUAUAUACUUCUGAAACUUGUACAAAGACUUUUUUAUGAUUUUGUGGGAGAAUUAUGUUAGAGUUGAAAUUUUAGGGUCAUCAAUUCAGAAGUGAGGCAGAAAAAUAACUUCAAUGUUUGCUUUUGGUUUGCAUCUCCCAGUGCAUCAUGCAGUGAUUGCUUUGACUGAUACAUUGCUUUGGGCUUGAAGUUAAUCAAUGUAAUGAAAAACAAGUUAUAAAAAUUGGAAUGGGAAUUAUGAUCAUCUGCACUUUUUGUAAUAGUUCCCAGUUUUGGGUUUCCCCUUGUAAGAGUGAAACUGUCUAAAAUCCUUCAUUUAUUGUCGGGGGGGGGUUCACAUCAGAGUGGGGAAAUUUCCUCAUUCGGUUAACCUUGUAAUGUUUUCAAGUACCUGGUUUAUGAAUCAUCCAGUUUUGGGUUCACACUACACAUCAAGCAGAAGAGGUCACAUGAUUUGUUUAUCAUUGUGUUUAUAAGGCACUGGUAGAAGUGAACUUGAUCCAACAGAAUGAGACUCAAGUUUCCACAGCUGAGUAUUAGUGGCACACCAGAAAGUUAGAAUCAUUGGCUUGAAAUAAGCAUCGGUCCACUAUCCUUUUCGUUCUCCACAACUAUUAUACCUUCCACUUAUUUUCAGAGGAAGCUAAGGGAUCACCCAGGAUAAAAUGUUCUUAAAUUUGUGAACACUUAAAAAUAUGUCAAGUAAUUACAGUGCUUGAGGCUCAUUGUGCAUAAUCGACAUCUGAGAUUUUAUUGUUCCUACAGUUAUUAAGUUUUUCAUUGAACAUUCACUGUACUGUGAACUUGUGCUAUCAGCUCUGAUUAUAUUGAGUGCUCGUAAUUCCAUUUUUUGAAAGAACUGAAUGAAAUAACAGAUUUUGUAUUUGAUGUAAAC